AGUCAACAGGACCUGUCAGGCCUGUCCCUGUCCUUUUACAUGGAACAAUUUUGCGUUGGCGUGUCUGGACAUUGGCUCCGGCAUGGUCGAGUGUCUGUGUGAGCGAGGUUACAGUGGAGCCAGGUGUGACAGAUGCUCCUUUGGUUACUAUGGCAACCCAAAGAUGCCUGGUGGCAGCUGCAAGCCAUGCAACUGUGAAGACGACAGCUUUUAUUUCUGUGAUCGUCUGACUGGAGAAUGCCUCAAAAGUGGUGAGGGCAGCUCUGGGGAUCACUGCCAUGAUUGUGACCGCUGCUCUCUGGAUUUACACCUUGACUUGGAAAUCAUGGACGAUGUUUUUGCAGAGCUGAAACAUCAACUACAGAAGUUCUCCAACAGUCCUGCAUCACUAUCCAGACUGAAACACAUGGAGGUAAACAUCACUGAGACUGAGACUCUUGUUCGGAUGUUCAGUCGUGUGCUGAGACGCCUGGACAUGAAGGCUGAACAACUGGAGAAAGAUGUAGAAAUUAUUGGAGGCGACCUCAGCAGGCUGAUCGACAAGAAAUAUAAGAGCACAGUACACGUGGACAAAGUCUCUCAAAAUGUGAAUGAAAUGACGCUAAAGUCUGAGGAUUUCCUGUCUGAGGCUGCAGCACACCUCGCAGCCACACAAGGUCUGAUAAAUCAUCAGCUGACUGAAGUGAAACCUGCAGGCGUUCUCUCUGAAGCAGAAAGAGCGGCAAUGAUGGCGAAGACUGAGUGGAGGGAUCAGGAUAUGAGAGAGAGAAGCUGCAGGGCUCAGAGAGUCAGAGUGGAGAGAGAGAGGACAAAGGCGCACGCAUUGUUGGAGCUGAUCAGAGGUCACAUGACUCCUGUUGAUGAGACUUCAGACUCUUUGAUGGUCUCUCUGAGGGAGAUCAUGGAGCUGCUGUCAAACGCUGAGGACGCAGUGAACAAGUCAAGAACUCUUAAUAUGAAGAGUCAUUCGCUCCUACAAGCUCUAAAGCAUCUUCAAGAUCAGCUGGAAAGACGUGAGAAUACGCUCCAUCCUGUGACUGACACGACUAAAGAUCUGCUGAAGAACGUCUCCAACAGCUUUUUACUGCUCGAGGAAAUUAAACAGGAAUUUGAGACUCAUGCGGCUCAGAUCGAUGGGGCCAAAGUGGAACUCUUUAAGAUGUUGAAUAAAAUCCUCCAGAUGUCAGGGAAGGUGGUGGAUUUGGUGAUGAAGGCUGAGGAGCAUGCAGAGGAGCUCCACAAGGAGGCGUCAGAGAUUCACCAGAUGCUGCUUGAUGCUCCCAACAGCACUGAUCUGCUCAGUAUCCUGCCUGAAGGAGCCCAUAACGCCAUCAUGAAUGUGGUAGAAAAGGCAGAAAUGGCAGCAAAUAAAUCCAGAGAGGCUGCUGAUGGAGCUUUACAGAAUGUCAGAGAUGGAGGUUUGAUCGGCAGGGCGUCAGCUCUCAAAGAUAACUCAUCUCAUCUACACAGAGAGGCCAAAAAGACUCAGAGUGAGCUCAACAUGAGAAGCUUCCAGGAUGAUGUGAAAAAGAAAAAGGAGAAAGGAGAAUCACUGAGGAUGGACAUGUGGACCAUCAGAGAAGAUCUGAAAACAAUCAGACCAGAUGACACAGAUGAUCUAAUAAAUUCAGCAACAUCAGCCGCUGCUGCAUCAAACUCCAGCGUCAGUGAGGUGACAGACAGACUGAAGAGAAUCAGCCAGGAUGUGGACAGAACCUCGUCAAACAGGAGUGAGAGUGCAGACGAUGUCCUGACGGAUGCAGACCAAACCUUGAAAAAACUGAAUUCAGUGCUCCCUGCAUUAAUGGAUAAACUCAAACAAGUGGACGCUCUCAGUGAGGCGGCGCCUCCUAGUGGCAACAUGACAGAAAGCAUCAGGAGAAUCAAGGAGCUGAUAGAGGAGGCCAGGACCUUUGUGAAGAGGCUCUCAGCCGCCACCAACUUCAGCGGGAAGAGUCACGUUGAACUUCAUCCUCCCAGAAACUUGGAUGACAUUAGGGCGUUCACAGCUGUUGAUCUGCUUCUUAAUCUCCAUCUAAGCAAUUCCACCGAGGUCGACAAGAGGCGAAGACGGCGGCAAGACAAGGACACGGAUCAGAGCUUCUUUGUUCUCUAUCUUGGCUGCAAGAACGGUACUGGAGAUUUUGUUGGGAUGGCUGUCAGAGACAAAGUGUUGGUUUGUGUCUAUAAAUUAGCUGGAGUUGUGCAUGAGAUUAAAACAAGCCAGAUAACACAGACAGCCAAGGGGAGGGUAGACUUCGACCGUGUCGUCUUCCACAGAGCUUACCAAGAUGCAGAAGUAAACAUUACAAAGCACAUUCACACACAGAAACCCACCAUCGCCUCUCCUAAACGUCACCGUCCAGACACGAUGAGUGGAGUCCUGGAGCUGGAUCAGAACAGCGUGGUUUUCUACGUUGGCGGCUAUCCUCAGAACUUCAUGCCUCCAAAGGAGCUUCAUUACCCACAUUUCAGAGGAAUGAUGAAACUCUCCUACAUCAAUGACUUUUCAGUUUCUCUGUUUAACUACAAGCACGCCAUUAAUCUGGAGGCAAAGCAGCCCGCUGUGAAGAUUCCCCAGUCAGACACAGUGGAUUACUAUGAGGGCACUGGGUACCGCCUGGUGUUCCUAAAGGAUCCAGGCAAAGUGAAGACACGACUCUUCAGGUUCCACAUGAAGAGCAGAGAGACAAACGGCCUCAUUUUUUACAUCGGAAAUCAAGAGUCUUUUUUCUGUCUUUUUGUGGAGAGAGGUUUCCUGGUGCUUCAAGGGCAUCAAGCAGGCCGACAGAUCCGAAUCCAAAGUCAUGAAAAAGUGUUGCUAUUUGAUAAAUCCUUUGCCAUCAUUAUUGGAGAAAAGUUCAUCGUGCACUGUGGACCGAAGCAGAUCUCCACGGACCACAUUCAGACAAACUACAGGAGUUUUUACAUCGGGGGUUUACCGGAUCAGCUCAGGCAGAGGAACAACAUCACUGCCGCCCCGCUGAGAGGAUGUGUGGAUCACGUCAAAGUGGACUCUCAGAUCGUUGACUACGACCGGACUAUUGGUGUCGGUGAUGGAUGUCCUGCUGAACUUCUGGGUGUUCGUGCAGCUACUCUGUAUUCCCCUCUAUCUAUUGACUCUCUGUUUGACCGGGACGAGCAGCUGCUCACCAUUUCUGCAGGCUUCAGGACGACACACAAAAACAGUUCUUUGCUCAGGAGCAGCUCCCAGGGCUCUACGUUCACUCAUGAGCUGCAGCUUUCCCUAGAUGAUGGCUUUUUAGUAUUUAGCAGUGACGGUAGCAUGCUGAGGUCAGAGAAGAGGUACAGUGAUGGAGAGUGGCACUACUUCUCAGCAGUGAGGAGGACAACAGGGUUGGAGCUCAUCAUCGAUAACAAGAAAGAGAUUCAAAGACAAUCAGCUCCAAAGAGUGAAGAAAACCAAACUCUGCAAAGAGGAGAGUUCAAAGGCUGCAUCUCUAAUCUUUACACAAGGAGGCCUGAGUGGGGUUGUAUUCCUGCUGAUCUGAGCUCGUUCCCUCUCUCUGAAGACGCCGUCUUAGGCCGAUGUGAUCUUCAUCCUCCAGACUUACUUCCUUUACCGGAGCACAGGCCAAAAAGGCCGCAGGAACACAGACCUAUUCAGGCUCCUGCAGGCCGUCGGUGCAGACCUCUGUCUCCACAGCUGGCUGAGUAUCAGCUCCUUCAGGACAACAGCUGGGUCAGCUACAACCUGCCACAAGAAGACCUCAAUUACAGGCCUCACUUCUCUCUUCACAUUAAGACCAGAUCAUCCAAAGGUCUGAUCCUCCACGUGGCAGGGAGAGGAGUCAUCCCUCUGCUGGCUCUGUACGUUGCAAAUGGAAAGAUUAAGAUGUCCCUUGGAUAUGACCGGAUUAUCCACCACAAGCAGAAGAGCAACGAUGGAGACUGGCACCAAGUGGAGUUCAGUGUGGAGAGGAGCUCUUUCCACCUCCUGGUUGAUGGCAUCCGUGUGACUGAUGGGCAUCUUUCCAACAAUGAGGGAUCAUCCUUAGACCUGAUGAACCCGGUUUCUCUGGGAGGAGAUCCAGAGGGAAGAACCACAAAGGGUCACAGCAUUCCCAUGAACAGCGUCAUCGGCUGCGUUCGGGAUUUUAAAAUGAACGAGGUAGUCGUUGAGGAGCCCGAGGGGAGACAUAUAAUUUUACCAUGCUCUGACGGGCUCACAGAGAUGGGGGCGUACUUCGGUGGAGGGCACAUUGUCAAAGAUCAGUUCCUCUCUCUCAGCUCUCAGUUUGUCCUGAGCUUUGAGCUGCGGCCUGAACGCCUCACAGGUCUCCUCUUCUAUGCCCUGAGUCACAAGUCCAGCUUUGGCGUGUUCCUCAUGGAGGAGAAGGUUGUUUUUGGGGUAAAAGACGGCGUUAACGCUGUGAGCCUGUCUGUGAUUCCUCCUGAAAACCUCUGUGACAAUAACUUUCACCUGAUUACAGUUUCCAGACAAAAGGAAGAGAUGAAACUGGAGGUUGACUCAAAGUCUGAGCGGACAAAAGUUCCCUUUAUGUCCACCUGGAGCUCAAAAACACCUGGAACUCUUUAUAUUGGAGGAACGACCGACGAACAUGAGCUCUCCGUGCCGUCACCGUUUGUUGGCUGUUUGAGAAACGUUAAGCUGAACGGACUUCCUGUUUCACUAGAGAAAGGGUCCAGUAUGGUUCAUCCAGUUAAUGUAAAAGGAUGCCCGCCACAAUAAAGGAAUGUCAAAGAUGGACAGUCUUUUUCUGGUUUACCAGCUGGCUCCACUGACAGAGAAGAAACCUGGAUAGUCUGUCCAGAUCAUGUGUUGUGUUUUGCUUCUCAGCAGAGUUGUCGUCGUAUGUUUCUGUGCCCUGAUUGGCCAGUGAUGAACGUGACAGAGGAUUCAUCCAAUAACCCUCUGGGUUAUUUUUUGUUUUUGGAUUGCUGCCUUAAUGAAUGUGACUUAUAUCCCAUCAUGCCAUGGAGAUGUGACACAGUCCACCUGGAGUCUGUUCAGAGCCUGCUAAUCUGCUCCUGACCAGGAGAGGGCGUAUUUUACCUUAUGUUUCAGAUGUGACUUCAUCUAUGGUUGAUCAAGGACAGAUGAAUCACCUUUUCUGUUGUUUUUAAGAGGCUGUAGUUUUCUGUGGGCUUGAAAAUCCUGAAAAUAUGAUGAAAGAAACACUGAAUGAGAAUGCUUCAGACUGUGGUCUGAUUUUUAAAGAUUACUGUUCAAUAUGUCUGACUUAUCUUCUAAUAACACACCAAAAAGCCUUGAAAACAACCAGGCAAUUUGAACCCUGGAAAAAGUCAA